AGGGACCAAAUUGCAGAAAAAACCUUCCUUCAGUUUCCGAUGUUUUCCACAGAGAAGAGAACAGUGCACACAGUCAGCGGACGACAUUCUCGUUUGUUUGUUUGAUUGAUUGGGAGAAAACGGAGAUUCAAUUCCGAAGCAAAAUCCGAUCUAACUCCACAAAAUCGGUUCACAGUUCAAUCUCUCCCCCAGCUUCGCACGAGCUGUUUGUUAAAAUUUUCGGUGUGAAUUUCGUAUCGAAGAGUUCAAAAACCUGAAAUCUCCGGCGCAGCUUCGGUGAAGUAAUGUGACGGUGGAUGCUCGAACGGAAAGGAGGCACUAAUGGCGGCUACAGGAGGACCGAGUACGGAGCAAUUUGAUGCUUAUUUUCAAAGAGCCGAUUUGGAUCGGGAUGGCAGGAUCAGUGGUGCUGAGGCGGUUGCUUUUUUCAAGGGAGCUAAUCUACCUCAACAAGUCCUCGCUCAGAUAUGGGCAUAUGCUGACCAAAACCAAAGCGGCUUUCUCAGUCGUCCAGCAUUUCACAAUGCCCUCAAGCUGGUAACAGUAGCUCAAAGAAAGAUGCAAUUGACACCAGAAAUUGUUAAGGGGGCAUUAUAUGGUCCUGCUUCAGCAAAAAUUCCACCCCCGCAGAUAAAUUUUGCAGUCUUACCUACUCCACAACCAAAUUCAGUAGCUGCUGCACCUUCACCACAGAUGAGAACUUCCCUGCCAUCUUCUCAAGCUAUGGGCUUCAGAGGGCAGUCUCCGGCAAGUAUGAACACCAGCCAACAGUUCAGACCACCAAUUUCCAGUCCAGGAAUGAAUCAGCAGUUUAGCCAGGGCCAGCCCUUAAGUAGUGCAGGUAUGAACCAGCAGUUUGGACAGUUACAAACUUCAAGUACCGGCAUGUACCAGCAGUUUAGACCAGUCCAGAGUCAGGGCCACCAGUUUGGGCAGAUCCAACCUUCAAGCACAAGUAUGAAUUCAAAUUUUGGACAGAUACAAACUUCGAGUACAAAUACGCACCAGCAUUUUGGACAGGUACCUCUAGGUGCAAACAUGAACCAGCAAUCCAUCCCCUCUCAAGGUAACCAAUUGGUGAGGCCACCUUACCCUGGCCCGGCUCCACGUCCACCCCAGGCUGAUGGUGGUUUGAUUGCUCCUAGUGGAGAUAGCAGGUUGGGUUCUGGUCCUCCCAACUUCAAGAAUGAUACUAGUGCAGCUACCACUGCACCAGUUGCUCAAAAUCCCCUAGAUCAGCUUUCAAGUUUUUCCUCAGCUGCUUCGCAGGAUCCUAAAGUAUCAGUUGGUUCGGUACAAAGGUCUACUUCUGAUUCAGUGUUUGGAGGGAACAUGUUAUCUGCCAAUCAAUUUCAAUCUCAGCCCGAAUCUUCUGCACCCUUGUCUUCGGCUAAACCUGAUCCAUUUGAAGUUCUUCAAAAAACUGUUGCAAAACCUUCUACAGUGGUUCAGGUUCCGCAGACAUCCUCUUUUCUGGGAUCUAAUCAACAGGUCCAAACUCAGGUUAAACCCCAACUCUCUUCAUCUAAUAGCCCAUCCAGUGUUGGAAGUUCAAUACCAGAACAAUCUCAAACUUCGUGGCCAAAAUUAACGCGCGCUAGCAUACAAAAGUACACGAAAGUCUUUAUGGAAGUCGACACUGAUAGAGAUGGGAAAAUCACUGGUGAGCAGGCGCGAAACCUAUUUUUGAGCUGGAGGCUGCCCAUAGAGGUGUUAAAGCAGGUUUGGGAUUUAUCGGACCAAGACAGUGAUAGCAUGCUAUCCUUGAGGGAAUUCUGCAUUGCACUUUAUUUAAUGGAGCAAUACAGGGAAGGGCGGUCGCUUCCAUCUUCGCUUCCCAAUAGUGUUAUGCAUGAUGAGACUUUAUUAUCUCUAGCAGGUCCGCCCGUUGGCUAUGGAAGUAUGGGAUGGGGUCACACUACUGGCUUCAGACCACCACAGCAAGGAUUGCCUGGUGCACGGCCCUUUUCACCUGCUGGCUUAAGGCCUCCUGUGCAUCCAACAGGUUCACAUGCUGAUGGAUCAAUGCAAUUCAGUCAGCAAAAUGCCAGAAGCCGUGAUGUUGGGGAGGAUCAUUCUUUGGAUGUCAAAGGUCAUGGGGCAAUAGAAACCAAUGAAAAGGUUGAAAACAACGAGAAGGUGCUUUUGGAUUCUAGGGAGAAACUUGAAUUCUACAGGACAAAAAUGCAAGACCUUGUAUUAUACAAAAGUAGAUGCGAAAAUAGGCUAAAUGAAAUUACAGAGAGGGCCAGGGCUGACAAGACUGAGGCUGAAUUACUGGAAAAGAAGUACCAAGAGAAGUACAAGCAGGUAGCCGAGAUUCAUACUAAAUUAACUAUUGAAGAGGCCUCCUUCCGAGAAGUUCAGGAAAGGAAGAUGGAGCUCCGUCAAGCCCUGACUAGAAUAGAGCAAGGUGGAAGUGCAGAUGGCAUCCUUCAGGUUCGUGCUGACCGUAUACAGUCAGAUCUUGAGGAACUACUAAAGGCAUUAACUAAUCGUCUCAGCAAACACUCUAUAGAGAUCAAGCCAUCAACACUGAUUGAGCUCCCCCUGGGUUGGUCACCUGGGAUCCCGGAGGUUGCAGCAAUAUGGGACGAAGAGUGGGACAAGUUUGACGAUGAAGGGUUUUCAUUUGACACUGCUGUUCCUGCAAAUGGAAAGCCGGUGUCCGCUCAGAGGGAUCUUUCGUCCCCUAGCCUUUCUCCGGAGGCUGUUUCAGAUGCGGACACAAGUUCUGAUAAGCCCUUCAGCACGGUAUCUGGUGCUUUAGAAACAGAAUCCAUGUACAGUGCCGAUGAAAAUAAGAGUCCACAAGGAAGUCCACAUAAAGAAACCACUUCUGAAGAAUAUUCGGGGAAACAUUUCAGGAAAAGCUCUGAUGAAGAUGCCGAAACUAACAGAAGCUUCGAUGAAUCCGCUUGGGGAAACUUUGAUAACAACAACGAUGACAUAGAUUCCGUCUGGGGCUUCAAUGCUAAGGAAUCCAAUAUUGCCAAGGGCGAAGAGAAGUACUUCUUCAAUUCCACCGACUUCGGUGCAAGUCCUAGCAGAACCGACUCCCCUGACGCAGGGAAUACAUUCAACAAGAACAGCCAAUUCAUCUUUGCAGAUUCUGUUCCUGCAACCCCACAAUCGAGGGCUGCUAAUUCACCUCCAUCAUACACCUUCGAGCCAAGAGAUCCUUUCUCAGACAGUUUCUCAAGGUACGAUUCCUUCAGUGCACGGGGUCGCAGCUCUUCCCCUCCCCGAGGUAGCCAUGCCAGGUUCGAUUCCAUAAGCAGCACAGCUGGCUUCGAACGAGGUCGCAGCUCUUCCCCUCCCCACGGGAGCCACGCUAGAUUUGAUUCCAUAACCAGCACAACCGCCUUCGACCAGAGCCGCAAAUUCUCCUUCGAUGACUCUGAUCCAUUUGGCAGCGGCCCGUUUAAGGUGACGACAUCCGAAACUCCCAAGAAAGGAUCAGAAUGGAGCUCUUUCUAGGUAUGCACUUCCUUGCCCCUAAUCUUUACAAGAAGCGGCACAUAGAUACACACACAUAUACAUACAUGGGCACGGCAAUCGCAAGCAGUCAGUUCCAUAGCAUACUUGAGAACAAGACAGUCUAAUCGAUUCUAGUUCGUCGCACUCAGUAACUAUACGAAGAUUUAAGUAUUAUCGUCGACACUAGACAUGUCCUGGCCAUGAUUUUUUCUAUUUUGAUCUAAGAGGUAAAGAUUUUUCCAAUAUGUUUGUUUUCAUUCCCUUUGUAAUUCAUGUUCACGACAUUUAUGUGUGGUUUGUGAAAUCUGAUUUUCUGAGAGGAUUGUGACAUAA